UUGAUAUAAUUAGAUUACUGUUUUUAUUACAUUGAUGAUCUUGUGAGACGAGUCAUGUACACAAUAGCUAUUGUCGGCGCAGGCCUCAUCGGCCCCCGCCACGCCCACUCGGUGCUCUCCAACCCAUCAACCAGCCUGGUGGCUCUGGUCGAUCCAUCGCCCGCGGCGCGAUCCACGGCAAAGGACCUGGAAGACACCCCCUACUUCGAAUCGGUUCAAGCGAUGCUUCUCGCUGGCGUUCGUCCCGACGGAGCCAUCGUCUGCACGCCGAACCAUACCCACGUCCCCCUCGCGCAAGAACUGCUCGAAGCUAACAUCCACGUCCUGCUGGAGAAACCCAUCAGCGAUACGGUGGAGAGUGCGAAGCGGUUGCUCGAGAUGGUGACUUUGAGGCAGAAUGACCCCACGGCGGCAAGGGUGUUGGUCGGUCACCACCGCCGCUUCAAUCCCUACGUGGUGAAGACGAAGCAACUCCUCGACGCAAAGAGUCUAGGCUCCGUCAUUGCCGUCAACGGCCUGUGGACCCUCUACAAGCCAGCCUCGUACUUUGACUCGGGCGUCUGGAGGAAGGGCCCGGCCGGCGGGGUGCUGGGCAUCAACCUCAUCCAUGACGUCGACGUCUUGCAGUUCCUUUUCGGCAAGAUCUCUCGCGUCCACGCAGAGGGGAUCCCCUCCCAACGAGGAGCGGAUCAUUCCGCCGACGAAGGGGCGUUGGUUCUCUUCCGCUUCGAGUCCGGCGUCGUCGCUUCGUUCCUCGUCUGCGAUGCAACCCCGUCGCCUUAUAACUUUGAAUCCGGGACCGGGGAGAAUCCUACCAUCCCCGCCAACAGUCAGCCAGGUACACAGGGGAAGCAGCGGGUGGACUUUUACCGCAUUUUCGGCUCCGACGCGUCCCUGAGUGUCCCGGAUAUGACUCGCUGGAGCUAUACCGGCGAGAAGAGCUGGAAUGAACCCUUACUCGCGGAGAACAUCGCCGUGGAGGAGAGCGUCCCCUUUGACGCGCAGCUGAAGCAUUUCGUCGAUGUCAUGAAUGGACACCAGCCGAGUUGUUCGGUAGAAGACGGGCUGAGGGCGUUGACGGUUGUGCAGGCCGUCAAGAAGGCGUUGGAGGGGGAAAUCGUAGACGUGGAUGGAGUAUACUAAUUAACCUUCACUCAUCCAUUGAACAGUAUCAGCAGUGUUGAAGGAGCCCAGCUUAUUCUAGAGGGAUAUGUCGAUAAAUAUUAGGCAGUCAAGAGAAUAACAGUGA